CCAAGCGUAUCUGCAGAUGCCCCUCAGCACAGAAAGCCAGGAGUACUGUGUUCUCAACACACCAUGGGGGAUGCACCGUAUGCUGCGACUACCAUACGGGGUGAAGUCAAGUCCAAUGCUCUUCCAGAGGGAAAUGGACAGAAUCCUCAAGAAUGUGCCUGGAGUGAAGUGUCUGUUGGAUGAUAUGCUCAUCACAGGAAGAACUGAAGAAGAAGCACUGAAGCGACUGGACGAAGUGAUGCAGAUCAUGAAGUCACACGGUCUGCGUCUGAAAAAGGAGAAAUGUCAGUUUCUGACAAAGGAAGUCCGGUACCUAGGGCUCAGGCUAGGAGCCGAGGGCAUCAGAACAGAUCCAGAACGUGUGAAAGCCGUGCUGAACGCAAGAGCACCCACCAACCAGAAAGAAGUUCGUGAGUUUCUCGGUGUUGUCACGUUCUACAACCGCUUCCUGAAGAACCUCUCGAAGACAGCAAGGCCGUUGAAUGAACUCCUGAAGAAAGACAGCGAAUGGAAGUGGACUGCAGAGUGUGAAGCCAGCUUCAACAGCAUCAAGAGACAGCUGUCAUCAACGGAAGUGCUGCGUCAUUUCGACGUGACGGAGCAGGUGACGGUGAUCACGGACGCUAGUCCAGAAGGACUAGGCGCCGUACUCGUUCAAGGGAAGGAUGAGCGGCCGAUCAUGUACGUGUCAAGAUCGCUGAGUGAACACGAGCGGAAAUACUCUCAGAUAGAAAGGGAAGGACUCUGUGUAGUCUGGGCAUUUCAGCGACUGAAGCAGUUCCUGUACGGGCGCCAUUUCAAGCUCGUAACGGACAACAAGCCGCUAGCUCACGUCUUUGGACCUAAGGCGCCGCUGCCGACGUUGGCUGCCUCACGGAUCCAGAGAUGGGCGAUGAAGUUGGCGGAGUACGAUUUCUCUGUGGAAGUCAGGAAGUCGGAACAGAUUCCAGUAGCUGAUUGGCUCUCACGUCUACCGAGAGAAGGCUCAGUGCUGAAGUCAGAAGCACCAGAAGACGAGUGCACUGUCUGUCUGAUCGGACAACUGGAGUCGCUAAGUCCGGUGACGGCCGCAGCGAUUCAACGAGAGACGGCCAGAAGCCCAAUCCUGGCGAAGGUGAUGCACUUCGUGCACAACGGCUGGUCAGAAGCCGUAAAUGAAGAGCUACAACCAUUCAAGAUGAGGCAAACCGAACUGACCGUGGAGCGCGGAUGUCUAAUGUGGGGAUGUCGCGUCGUGGUUCCGCCGAACCUGAGAUCCAGAGUGCUGAGCGAGCUGCAUGCCGGACAUCAAGGAAUGGUGAAGAUGAAGCAGCUCGGAAGGAUGCACGUCUGGUGGCCGAACAUGGACAAGCAGAUCGAGGCGGAAGUCCGGAACUGCGAAGGCUGCUGGCAAAAGCGAGCAGAGCCACCAAGCGGAGAUCUCCACCCAUGGGAGUAUGCCAAGGGACCCUGGCAACGGAUACAUCUAGAUUUCGCUGGUCCUGUGGAAGGUAGAUUCUACGUGGUUGUCAUCGACAGCUACUCGAAGUGGAUGGAAAUCGCUCCAAUGAAGACCAUCACAACAGAGAAGACGAUUGAAUACCUGCUGAACCUGUUCGCUAGGUGGGGACUGCCUCACCAACUGGUCACGGAUAAUGGUCCACAACUCGUCAGCAAGGACUUCGAAGGGUUCUUGGAGAGGAACGGAAUCAAGCACAGUGUCACAGCGCCGUACAAGCCGUCCACUAACGGAGCUGCGGAAAGAGCAGUGGGUUGUCUGAAGAACCUGCUGAAGACCAGCGGUGCAGCGGGAACAUGGACCGCCACUGCAUAGCGCUGUGGAACAGUCGGUAACUUCAACCGGUAACCGCGGGCUCGUGCUGGAGGAAGAUGGGAUCGCUGCAACACAGUCACCUGAAGCAGCGUCAG